AUGAAGAAGGAACUUUGGUUUCCAAGCAGUGACAUGCUAUAUGAAGUACUACCGAGAUUGUCUACUAAGGAUUUGCUGAAAUUGAAAUGUGUGUCAAAGGGAUGGCGAUGUCUUAUAUCUGACCGCAGUUUCAUCCAAGUUCAGUUGAAAAACAAGGAACCGCUCGCAGGUUUCUUCUACCAGGGUAGGUAUAAGUGGUGCGACGAGGAUUAUGACUAUAUCAGCUUCAUACCUAUAGCAAGAGUUACUGCUGAAGUCCAUAAUGAUGUUCUCGAUUUCCUCCCAGAAAGAAUUGCCAUCCUGGAUUCAAGAUACGGACUUAUCUGUUGUCGAAGUAGCUUCCCUCGUCGUGUUCCCUUAAUUUACAUUUGUAACCCUGUGAAUAAGGAGUGGAAAACGCUUCAAUGGCCAAACCCUUCCAGAGAAAGUAUCAUAACUUUGGUUUUUGAUCCACUGAAGAACCCGGUCGAUGAGUUCACAAAUUUUAAGGUUGUGAUAGUUAGCCAAAUGGAAACUAGCACGGAAGGGGAUGGAUAUGUUUUCUCUUUUAACAUUUAUUCAUCACACACAGGAAAAUGGAGAAGCUCAAGAGAGAUUUGUCUUUGUGAUCACAACAUGCAGAAAAAGGGAUCCAUCUGUGUAGAGGGGAUUAUAUAUUGGCUUACUGAUGGAGACCAAAUCCUCAUGUUUGAUCCGGAAAAUGAGAUAUCUUGGUUGAUAAUGCUACCACUCCCCACCAGCCAGUUCAAUUUAACACCCGAGAUGUGCAUGGGAGAAGCUGAAGGGAAGCUACAUUAUGUGUUGGUUUCUGAGCACGGACUUCAGUUGUGGGUGCUUAAGGAUCACUUUACUUCUCAAUGGGAUCUUACUUUUACAACCUCUUUAGAAGAUCUGGAGAAAGAAAACGGCAAGUAUCUGUUCAGGAUAGCGGAAAAGCUGGCAAGUAAUUAUUGUACCGGUUUUCCUUGGAUUGGGACUUUUGCUUUCAAGGAUAAUAUCCUGCUUAUGAGGGUUGCAUCUGAUAUCUAUUUUUAUCACUUUGAGACGAGGAAGAUGAGACACCUCUGCGGCCUUUCUGCUCUGGCGCCAAAGCCUUUUUUUGUUGCCACUGUGGUUCCAUAUACAAUGAGCUUAGUUCCACUUGCUUAG